GCCGCGGUCGGUGGAAGUGUUUGUGCCAGUGUGUUGUGUUGCCAUGGAUAUCGACGUGUUGUAUACAGUGCGCGAGUUGGGCUAGUGUGUUAUGAGCCGUGUCACUGUGAGUUCAAAAAAUGGAUAUACGAUUGUUUAUAUUGACAUGCACUGUGUGGUUGGCACACCUGGCUACAGUGAGCUCUGAGGGGGUGGUUGGGGUGGGAGAGGUAGAAGAUGUCCUGCCAGACUUCCCCUUGGACGAUCCUGGAGGAGCCACAGACAGGAUAGACACUGAGGCACAAGGUCCAGCACUGAAUGAACUGGAGGACAUAGACCUGUCAGAGCUGCAGGCUACAGAAGGCAGCCGACAGGAGCUGUUGAGGAAGGUGAUGGCAGCAGCCAUGUCCAAGCCUGGUGCACGCCAGCGACUAGCACAGGUGAUGCCUAUCCUAAGGACCAUGUCAGCGACGCAGCGUCUCGCGUUGGCAGGCCUGGUUACCAGUCAGCUGAUGGCUCCUCCUGGCUCCCCUCCUCCACCUCCUCUGGUCAACAACACCAACUCCAACGUCACCGACGACCUCAUGAUCCCCAUCAGCAUGGAUAUCGCAGCCAUGUUCCGGGGGCUGGGAAGAGACGCUAACGCUGCUAGGAGUACACUGUUUAGAGGAGAUCUUUACAAGAGGCAUCCUCCCUAUAGAAGAAGGCCUGUACAGACACUGAACAGGCGAAACACUGAAGUUCCUGAUGAUGACAUGAAGCCUCCACCACUACCCAGAGUGAAGAUACCCAGGAGGCCAGGUGACAGCAAGCUACAUAUAGGUAGACCCGCACCACCUGUCUUGUAUACAGACAUGGAGAUAGGUGCGGACUGUCAACUAUUCUCCGACUCUCUGUGUCUACAAGUAGGGGACUACCCUUUGGAGGCGAUUUUGAAAAGCAUCCAAAGCUCUCCAAACAAAAAUGCCUUUGAGGCUCUUCGGAUGGACUCAAAACAAGACUUCGGGGGAACUUUUAACGAUGGUGGUCUCAAAAUGGAAAGAAGACAAGGCCAGGCCGAGCCACAGUCAGUAUGUAGCUCCAAGGUGGAGAUUGCCAGACCUAAGAGAGCCAGAGCUACUAGUGGACAGUGGAAGUAUGUUGUCAACACCGGAGACUACACUCAGACAUUGAGGCUGGAGAUGUGCACGAAACCUCAACAGGCAUGCUCAUACUUACCAGAUAACUUCAAGUCAGAGUGUACACAGGUUUACAACUACCACCGCCUCCUCACAUGGGACCACAAGUCUGGCCUCACUAUGGAUAUUUUCAAGGUGCCUACCUGCUGCUCUUGUCACAUCAGUGGUCUAGCACAUCCCUUCCAGAGACCUGAGGCCAGUGGGGCAGAGUCCCAGAGACACCCUGCCACCUCUCUCCCUCCACUACCUCCCAGAGUCAACUAUGCAGAAGUUCCUGAGUACCUGAGGCCAGUGGGGCAGAGUCCCAGAGACACCCUGCCACCUCUCUCCCUCCACUACCUCCCAGAGUCAACUAUGCAGAAGUUCCUGAGUGUGCCUACCUGCUGCUCUUGUCACAUCAGUGGUCUAGCACAUCCCUUCCAGAGACCUGAGGCCAGUGGGGCAGAGUCCCAGAGACACCCUGCCACCUCUCUCCCUCCACUACCUCCCAGAGUGCCUACCUGCUGCUCUUGUCACAUCAGUGGUCUAGCACAUCCCUUCCAGAGACCUGAGGCCAGUGGGGCAGAGUCCCAGAGACACCCUGCCACCUUUCUCCCUCCACUACCUCCCAGAGUGCCUACCUGCUGCUCUUGUCACAUCAGUGGUCUAGCACAUCCCUUCCAGAGACCUGAGGCCAGUGGGGCAGAGUCCCAGAGACACCCUGCCACCUCUCUCCCUCCACUACCUCCCAGGGUCAACUAUGUAGAAGCUCCUGAGACUAACUUUGUAGCUGCUGAGGACACUCAUGCAGUUCAUAGACUACCACCUCCCAAACAGAUCUUCAACAGAAGACCAGUGGCAGGUCUACACAACAUUCCUAAGAGAGAGUCGCUGCCGCCCAGACUACAGCCACCCAGGCUACAACCGCCCCAGGUACACGUAGAGUCGCCCAGUGACAACGUGAGAUACCCGGUGGCUCAUCCUCCUUACGAGAAUCUUCUGCGAAGGACAAUCUCUAGGAACAACACAGAGAUAAACGAGAUCAGGCCAAAGUACCACCCAGUCCAGCCAACUCUGAACCAAAGACAUCCAGAGUUGCCAAUAGACAGUCUAUUAGCAGACGACACUUUCUCCUUCGUCACUUCAGCCCCCGACUAUCAGCCUCCCCCUAGGACAUAUCAGACACCAGCCAAGAGAGUGCCUACUUACCCUUCCUCAGUCACACCUUCCAUGACUACUAGGAGAGUCAUCUCCACCACACCCCAGACUGUGACUGUGGGGUCCUCCAAGAGAGUCAACUAUAGCUACCAUCCCAUUAUUGACUUCUUCAAGACUAGUGCUUCUGCUAACACUAUGGUAGUUCCAGAGGGUACAAAUGCUGAAUGGACUCCUAUAACAGACGGUCCUAGACUUAUGCCUAAGUGAAGUGACGUUGAAUUUACAUAGGGGUUGCUACUAUCCUUUAGAUGAUAAUAUUGUUAUUGACAACAGUUGUGUUAGAUUUAAGGUCUAAUGCAUUUGUUUGGUUAACAUAGAUUGUAAUAGACUAGCACCAAGUGAUUUUGUCGAUUUCAAAACAACGUGCUACAAACCAUGAACUAUUGAUUACAAAUUCUUGAUUUAUUGUACUGUGUUAUUUCCACUACAAUAGUGAUGUUAUUUGAAUGAUUUAUGGUGCCUUUGUAAAUACUGUAAAAACUAGGUUAGAAAUAUUUUGUCUCUUCGUGUAUAUAUUUACUUUAAAAUAGCUUUUGUAACUAUUACUAGCUUGGGUGAUUAAGAAAUUACUUUAAUGUAUGUCUUGUAGUACGGUAUGCAUUAAACUUUUUUAUUUCUGGAGAAUUUUAUAGUUUCCAAACUUGAAUCAAAACAAGUAUUAAAAAAAUAGUUAAAAACAAAUUACUAAUCAAAUAUUUUUUUGCAAAUGAUAAAAUUUUUUUAAAGUGACAAUAGGUAAACAAAAGUUAAUUAUUUAUGAAAAAAAAGUUAAUUUUAUAGUAAAAUCAUUUUUUUUACUGUUCUAAUAGACUAUAUGCUCUCUUUGUGAUAAUAAUAUAAGUAAAUUACUAGUAGACUGGUUGAGCUGAUUUAUUUUUCUUUUUUUUAGUUUGUAUAUUAAUACAGGAUAAUAUAGGGCUUCAAUUUCUGAGGCGAUUUUAGGUAUUACAAGUUUAAAUGUCAUAACAAAGCCCCGAUGUCAGCUUUAAUGUUUGUGUUUGUACAUAUAAGUUAAGUUGUUAUUGUAUUUAUAAAUCAAUAAAACUCUGUUAAUCCAUCAACAAAAUGGAGUUUUAUUU